CCGGCCUGACGUUUCUGUAACCAACUGUGAGGUGAUCAGAGGGAGAGAGAGAAAAGCAGGAGAACAAGUUAUUUACACAGGGAACCUUGUCGGACGCGGAGGACACCAUGUUUUCCCUGUCAGAGUUAGCACCUCUGAAUCAACAUCAGAACAGGUCUAAACUGCUGAAGCCCUGGUGGGAGGUCUUCAUGGACUACCUGGUGGUCCUGAUGUUGAUGACAUCUGUCCUGGCUUGUACCGAGCAGCUGUCCAGGGACCGAGUUGUGUGCAUUCCUUUGGAUCCGCAUGCAAAUACAAACAAUAGUGGUCACAAUCACUCAAAAAGUGGCAAUGUGGAACUGUCUCCAUCUUCAAAGCCUCCCAUAGACCUUCCACACAACAUCGGUCCAAAUCUUCAUUCUGCACCUCGGGGUCGGCGCACACAUCUGGUGUACCAGCAGUACAUUUAUGUUAGCCAGGUGUGCUACCAUAAAGCUCUGCCUUUGUGCUCCCGCUUCUUCCCUUACAUGGCCCUGCUUCAGUCUCUUGUCCUGGUAGCCAGCGGCUCCUUCUGGCUCCACUUUCCCCACACCUCUUCCCGCAUAGAGCAGUUCCUGGCUAUCUUGGCAAAGUGUUGUGAGUCACCGUGGACAUCUCAGGCCCUGUCUCACGCCGCCCGCCAGGAGAGCAUCCAAGAGACAGUGGAAGAGGAAGGGAGACGAGCAUGCCGACCUUCCACCUGUUUAACUUCCGCUUCAUCCACAGUGACCCACACAAGACAUUCAAGCAUAGACUCAGGCACAGACAGCCCACUUUUGAAGAGGUCAGACAGCGCAUUUGCCACCCCGCCAUCCCCUUGUCCUUCCACACUGUCCUGUAACUCCACCAUGUCUUCUGUGUCUCUUGAGUCCCGGGAGCAACUUCCUGCCUCCAACCCAUCAGUAAUGGUUGACAGCCACAGGCAGGUAAUCAGUCUGGAUAAAAGUGAUGGGGAACAGGCCCGAGCGCUGUUUGAAAGGGUCAGGAAAUUUAGGUCCCACUGUGAAAGCUCAUCUGUCAUUUGUAAGGUUUACUUGGCUCAGACGAUUUUCAAACUGCUGAUGGUAACGCUGAUUGUGAGUUACACGAUCCCUCUUCUUGGCUCCCUCUCCUUUAACCACACCUGCCGCCCUGAGGAGAAGGCCUUGGUGGGCUACACGACCUUUGAGUGUAUCCAUGUGCUAUCAUCACUUCUACGCAAACUGCUGGUGGCCUACUUGACCCUGCUGGGCCUGUAUGGUCUGCUUAAUUUUUACACCCUCAGCUGGAUUUUAAGCAGCUCUCUGCAGCAAUAUUCCUUCCACUCACUAAAGGAGCUGUGCUCCCUGAGAGAUGUUCCUGACCUGAGGAACGACCUGGCAUUUCUUAUACACAUGUUAGACCAGUACGACCCUUUGCUGGUCCAGCGUCUCUUCGUGUUUUUGUCCCCUGUCAGUGAGAGCAGGCUUCUGGAGGAAAGCUUGGAGAGGCGCUGGGGGGAAGAGAAGCUAAACGCUAUGAUUAACGUGGAUGCAGAUGGGUGCUCCAGGCUGCAGCUGGUGGCCUUACCUCGCCUUCCUCCAGCCCUCUUCACCCUCAGUCAGCUUCAGGUCCUCAAACUGGAGCUCAUCACAGAUGCCAGGUUUACUGCACAAGUGACCAAGAUGACCUCACUCAGGGAGCUCCACCUCUACCACUGCACAGCAGCUGUGGAUCCCAGUGCACUUGCAUUCUUCCAGGAGCAUCUAGAAGUCCUUCAGCUUACCUUCACUCAGGCAUCAGAGAUCCCCAGCUGGGUCCUCUCCUUGCGAGGCCUGCAUGAGCUCCACCUCUCUGGUCGCUUAAGCAGUGAAGGUGGGGUGGGCCGUAGCUGGGCACUGGGGAGCCUACGCCAGUUACGCCACCUGCGUGUGCUGGUGAUUCGAGGCACGUUGCAGCGGAUCCCGGGGGAGCUCUGCGAGGUGGCAGGCAGUUUGGUGAGACUGGAGAUCCACAACGAGGGUACCAGGCUACUCGUACUGACGGGCCUGAAGCGGAUGGUUGACCUGACAGAGCUGCAUCUGCAGGACUGCCAACUGGAACGUCUACCAUCUGCUCUGUUAGCGCUGACCAACUUGCGAGUCCUUGACCUGCAGCACAAUAACUUGAGGACUCUGGAGGAGCUGCUUAGUCUGGCUCAUCUGCGUCGUCUGUCUUGCCUUAGACUUGCUUACAACCGUGUUUUGGCACUGCCGGCCAGUGUCGGUGUGCUUAGAGGCCUAGAGCUCCUUGAUCUGUCUAACAACCAGCUCCAAAGCCUUCCCCCACCUCUCUUCACUCUUCGCCACCUUCGGAGGCUCCUGCUUGCCGGUAACCUGCUGGAGGAGCUGCCAGCUGAGGUAAAGGCACUGCAGUUGCUCACAGAGCUGGAUCUUAGUGGAAACAGGUUGGAGAGGCUGCCCUCUGAGCUUUUCAGUUGCUGUUUAGAGCUGCGCAUCCUGAAUAUGGCUCACAACUCUCUUAGCUCACUACCCAGAGAGAUUGCAGCUCUAAGUCAGCUGUGCAGAUUAGACUUGCGCAGCAACAAUCUGGAAGAACUGCCUGCUGAACUGGGCUGCUGCUCAGGGCUGCAUGGAGGAGGUCUCCUGGUGGAAAACUGGCUCUUUCUUUCUUUGCCCCCACAUGUCAGAGACUUCCUGAGCCGUUCUUACACCUCAGAUAGUGCACACACAGAGGUCCAUUCCCGGCCAGAGUCUGACAGUUUUCCAUACUUCUCUCCUACACAGUGGAGCUUCUCUUCUGCUCUGGAAUCACAGAUAUGA